AUGCCCUUGCUCCGGCAUUUGCUGCAAAGAAGCCUAGAAUCUUUGCCAGAUCGCCGGGAGCCAGAAGAGCUCAUCCAUCUCCUCCACACCUGCGCAUCCCUGCGAUUGGUCGAUGGUGGUAGGAAGCUCCACGCCCACAUCUCCCGUCUGGGCCUUCUUGAAAGGGAUGGGCGUCUCGCGAAUCACCUCAUCGACAUGUAUGGCAAGUGCGGGCAUUUGGAGGAUGCCAAGGCUGUGUUCCAAAGCCUUGACGCGAGUAAGAGGAGCUCUCUCUCGUGGAGCGCGCUCAUCACGGCUCACGGCUCAUGUGGAUCGAUCGGAGGAGCUGUUGGCCUGCUGGACGACAUGGAGGAGCAGGGAAUUCUCCCGGAUCAAACCGCCCUCUUGACAGCGCUCAAUCUUUGCUCCACACACGGCGCUCUUGCAGAGGGCAUUGUGGUACACAAAAGAAUAGCGGAUCGUGGGCUGGAGAAGAAUGUGAUAAUCUCAAAUGCGAUUACCAACAUGUAUGGAAAAUGCGGCAAGAUUGACCAAGCCAAAGAUUUCUUCGAUAGAAUGUAUUUCCGAGACACAGUGUCUUGGAACACCAUUGUUUCAGCAUAUGCCCAAAAUGGGCAUCAGUCAGAUGCAGUAAAAAUGCUCUUUGUCAUGCAGCUCGAGGGUGUCAAGAUUGGAAAAAUUGGAUUUGUUACACUCCUCAAGGCUUGCUGCGACAAAAUUUUCCUGAAGAGCGGCAGACUCAUUCACUCUUGUCUUGCGGAGGAUGGUCUCCAUGAGACAGACGUCACUGCCGGAACGAGCCUCGUUCAUAUGUAUGCAAAGUGUGGCAGCCUUGCGGAAGCGCAAGAGAUUUUUGAGCGGAUGAGCUGCAAGAACAAGUUUGCAUGGUCUGCUAUGAUCAGCGCUUACGUAGAACACGAAGAAACGAGAUCUGCUCUUGAGUGUUUUCGUUUGAUGCUGCUCAAUGGUGUCGAGCCAGAUGAGAUAACUUUCGUGGCGGUUUUAGAGGCUUGCGGCGUCCCCAAGGCUGGAUGUUUUGUCCAUGGCUUGAUCCAAGAGUGUGGCUUCCAGAGCGUCCCAUUUGUAGGAAACGCGCUGAUAACCAUGUAUGGGAGGUGUGGCAGCGCAGAUGAAUCGAGGAGAGUUUUCGAGAGCAUGGAUUGUCCAAACGCAGUCGCCUGGUCGUCGAUCAUUGCAGCUCUCGCGGAGCAAGGCAAUGGAAAAGGACCGGAGGCGAUGGUGUUUCUUUGGCGCAUGCAGCUAGAGAGCGUGAAGCCAAACAACGUAACUCUGGUGGCGGCGCUCAAUGCGUGCUCGUCCCCGGCAUUUCUGCGCGAGGGCCGACAGAUUCACGCUCUAGCCGUGGAGUCUGGCUAUGACACCUCUGACAAGAUCGUGGGGAACGCGCUCGUCAACAUGUUUGCAAAGUGUGGGAGCUUGCUUGAUGCACGAGAAGCCUUCGCCAAGAUCUCUCACAAGGAUGCGACGUCGUGGAACGCCUUGAUCACGAUCUACGCACAGAACCAGCAUGGAAAAAUCGCACUCGAUUCGCUAAAACGCAUGCAGCUGGAAGGAUUCCGGAUGAACAAGCACACUUUCGUAAAUGCUAUCAUUGCCUGCACGGAGAUCUCCUCCUUGAAAGAUGGCAAGCGCAUCCACGGCUGGAUUCGCGAGAGAGGAAUGGAUCUGGACGUUCUACUCGGCAACGCAGUGCUCAAUCUCUACAGCAAAUGCGGGAGCCUGGACGCCGCGUACGCGGUGUUCCUCCAGCUGCGAAGAGAAGACGUGAUAACCUGGAAUGCAAUGGUGGGAGCCUACGCUCGCCACGGCCACGCGGAGCGAGCUCUCACGCUUUUCCGAGUGAUGCAAAUGGGAUCCGGCACCAUGCCAAACUCCAUCACCUUCGUCAGCGUCCUCUCCGCGUGUAGCCACGCCGGGCUCUUGGAGGACGCUCACUCCAGCUUUGUGUCGAUGAGGAGCGACUAUGGGAUCGCCCCCGCUGCGAAGCACUACGUGUGCAUGGUCGAUCUUCUCGGGCGAGCCGGGAAGUUUGAGGAGAUGGUACGUUUCGUGGGAAGCUCUCCAGUGGAGAGCGAUGCCGUGGUGUGGAGGGCCGUGCUGGCGGCUUGCAGAAGCCACGGCAAAGUUGAGAUUGGGAACCGAGCUGUUAAGCGGCUCUUGGAGCUGGAGCCGGGCUCACAAACAGCUUACAUUGCUCUUGUUCAUAAUUAUACCUUUUAAUUAUAGAAUAAUAAUUGCAUUUCUAUAUUCACGGCAGUGAAUUGCAGACGUCUGCAAGGGAAAUCUAUUAG